UACGUAUGUGCUUUACAUUCCCCAUUCUCAGAAAUGAAGUAACUAGAACGCCCAAAUCACAAACCCUAGAUCUUCAAUCUCCCUACAAUUAAUGGCUGAAAUUACAUAUUUACAUCUCGAAGAGGACGAGGACGAGGACGAUGUCGUUGUUGAUAUAAACAUCGCCGGAGAUGACGUGUCUAUCGGCGACGCAAUCGAAACACUCGAUCCGACGCCGAUUUGGUCUCAAAAUGUCGAUGAAUUCGAUAUAUAUCCAUUGGAUCUCGAGUUUACGACCCAUGAAAUGCGUACAUCGAGUGUGUCUAAUCAGAAUGAUGAUCGAUAUGAAUCUCGGGUCUUUGGGGUUGGAUCCGAACCGGAGGAGGAAACGGGUUUUGAUUUGUUUGAUAGGGAGAAUCAGGUGAAUUUUGUUAUGGGUAUGUUUGAUCAGCGGGUUGAGGACUCGGGUUUGGAUCCGGAUUUUGGAGUUAUUGGUGGGAAUGAUGAUAUGGGUAUGGAUAAUUUGGAGCUUGACAUAGGGUUGGAUUUCGGGUUGGGGUUUUCGAUUGAUUCUCGUAAUGUGGAUGAUGAUGAUGAUGAGGAUGACUAUUCUGGGUUCAUCUGUGCUGAUUGUGGGGAUGAGUUUUUCGAGUCUGUUAGAGGGUCUGGGAGCAUGUCUGAUUCGGGUGAAUCGUCGGAUUUGGUCGAGGGUGAAUUUUUUAUGGAGGGGUUGAGAGAUGUUGAUAUUGAGUUGGAUUCGGGUGAGGGGAGAAAUGGGGUGGUUGAUGAUUUUGCUUUUGGUGAUGGGGAUGAGGAGGACGGGGAUGGUCUUGGGAUUUGUUUGGAUUCAUUACAGUUGGAAGAAGUUAUGGAUGUGAAUAAUAAUGAGAGCAAUGGUAAUGGAGAUUUUGAGUGGGAGGAAGUUGAUGGUAGAGUAGAAGAUCGGGAGGUUUUGAGUAUGUUUUUUGAAGAUGAGGGAAAUGAUGAUGCUUCUGUUUUGCAGUUGAGAGAAUCGGGAGGGGUGGGUGAUGCAGAGAGAAGUCGAACUAGGGUGAAUUUAGAGUGGGAAGUUUUGUUGAAUGUGAAUAAUUUUGGGGUCAAUCACGGGUUUGGGAAUGAUGACGCGGAUGGUGGUUAUGUUGAUCAUGAUGAGUACAUGACGGCGGAGUACGAGACCUUGUUUGCACAGUUUGGUGAGAAUGAAAAUGCAGUACUAGGGAGACCACCGGCUUCUAAGAAUGUUGUUGAGAAUCUUGAUUUGGUGCUUAUAAAGGAAGAAGAUGUGGAGAAUGAUGAUGCACUGUGUGCUGUUUGUAAGGAUGGGAUGAAUGUUGGGGAAAAGGCAAAACAGCUACCUUGUUCACAUCGUUACCAUGGAGAAUGCAUUGUGCCUUGGCUGGGAAUCAGGAAUACCUGUCCAGUCUGUCGAUAUGAGUUGCCAACAGAUGAUCCUGAUUACGAGCGUAGGAAGAGGAGCCUUAGAGAUGUGCAAGUGCAAUGACUUCAUUUUGCAACCAAUUGUAAGGAAUUUGCUGGGUUGCGUUUGAAGUUUAACCACAUGUCUAGUCUUUGUUCUAGGAAAGAGUGAGUAUAUUUGUCUCGAGAUUUGGUUUGGUGACAAUCUGAAUGUUUUUGUAUGCAAUAUGAUGGAACAGUAUAGAUGUAUGCUAUGUAGCUAGCUUAUUUUUGAAUUCUGUGUAUAAAUAAAUUUAAAAUCUAAAGGAGUUGAUCAUGCA